AUGAAUCAAUAUUCGGCUGCUGAUAUAAUUGUUAGUGGCUGGCUUGUAUUUGAAGUCUCAGUUCUUCUUUGUUUCUGGGAGAGACUGCUUGUUUCUUCUAUAGAACUUUACUACAUGAUUUUCUGCCCUAUUUUGUCUCGUUUAUGCACUAUGGUUUUUACCAUUCCUGUUGCACCUGGGGAUGUCAUAGUUGCUGGUACAGAUGGGCUGUUUGAUAACUUGUACAAUAAUGAGAUUACGGCAGUGGUGGUUCACGCCAUGAGAGCGGGAUUAGGUCCUCAAGUUACAGCCCAGAAGAUAGCUGCAUUGGCACGUCAACGAGCACUUGAUAAAGACAGACAGACUCCUUUCUCAACCGCUGCUCAAGAUGCUGGUUUCCGUUACUACGGUGGCAAGCUUGAUGAUACCACAGUUGUAGUUUCAUACGUUACUGGCUCAGCAGAUGCAUAA